CACACCUUACGAGUACAUCCGCUCUCCGAACUCCACCUGAAGUGAGAACCAGGUCUAAUAAGUCUGUUCACAAGUUUCCCACCGCCCAACCUCCUGCAAGAUACCACAGUACGCAGCCUGACUUGGCCCACCGCAUAUUCAGCAUCACCUCAAUACCCUAUCCUCGCGACCUCAUCUCCUCCACAUCACCCUCUCGAGCUGCCUCGAACACCAUCGAGUGGCGGUGUUUUCCUCUCUACGAGGCUCGUCUAUCUGCACGAGAUCAACCAGCACCUUUCGACAUUCAUUUUACGACGAACCCAUGAUGGCUUGAUGACUUGAAGAUGUUUUGCGUUUCAAAUUCUUGACCUGUUAUUUCUCUAUAUCUCAACUCACAUCCUGCGUUCCAUCCUCCCAGUUGGCUCUUAGCCGGCACCAUGGAACCGCUCGUCCUCAAACCCCGAGCCCCUGUCGAAAGUCCAGAGGUCGAGAAUUGGGACGACGAUGACUUUGACAAUCUCGACGAUGUCCACUUUCGCACAGCUUCUACCGCAACAUCUAUUGUUUCACACCCCCAGGCAAACCACAGAGAUUCAGCCUCAUCUCGUAUGUCCAUGCGCUCCGAUUCGAACAAUGGCGAUGAAAAUUGGGAUGUUCUGGUCGAUGAACAAGCUCCGAUCAAAGACGCUAUAGCUUUAGCAAAGAGCAAGGGGAUCCCUUUACCAUCCAACGUGCCUCGCUCGGCCUUGGAAGGUGGAACAAUCAGACGACUCAAAGGCAAGGAGGUCAAAAAGGCCAUCGCCGAUGAUUGGUCCGAAGAUCUUGACCUCACCUCUGCCGAUGGUCCUCUGAAACUUGCUAAGCACGACGACAAAGAUCUGUCCGACAGCUUGCGUCAGAUCUCCGCCGCCUUUCGCACUUCCCCCAAAUCCCCGGAUACUCAGGAUCUUGACCACACCAUUCGAUCCCCCAAGUCCCGUACUGCCCCUACUCCCAUCACACUUGAUGCCUUCCGCGACACAGACGACGACGGCUUUUUUGGUGAUGUUCCUACUAUCAAGGUCGCCAAGAAUAGGUCGACACAGCAGCCCCUGUUGUUUGAACAACCACCAACCCCAUUGAAACCCGAAAUGGACAGUAUCGAGGAAGAUUUGGAAUUCCCCACGGAUGGUAAAUUAAAGCUAUCAACCAGAAAGCCUCCACCAAGGACACCGCAACAGAUUGAUGACUUCGAUCUUGAAUGGGCUGAGGGCAGUCUCGGGACCAGAAACGCAGGCAAGUCGAGAGGCGGUCGAUCUGCCCGGAGUUCCUCUGCGUCAGCACUGAGUCCCAGCGUCUCAAGUGCAUUUACUGCCGAAAGCGAGGAUGAAGGUUUGGACGGUCUUGUGCUCCCUGAUGGCCCAAUCAAGUUUCAGGACAAGCUCAAGUUGCGUCAACGUGAACCGGCAAACCAACCCAACGAAACCAAUCAGAUCAGAUCGGAUCUAAAGAGACUCUCUGGAAAAGAUGAUUUCUUCACGGGCUUGGAAAUCGGCGAUGGAGAAGUUUUUGACUCUGCAAAAUUAACCCUGAAUCGCAACGUCAAGCACAAAACAACUCGAACCACAAGUCCUUCACGAAGGACAGCUACAACAUUGAAUUUCACGAGUACAAAGACUCAAGGCACGAUCUCGAGAUUACCUAGGUUUCAGCCCACCCACGAUCGACAUGAGCGUGCUCGAAGCCAUCUGGAACCUGUCUCGGAAACCGGAGCCCCCAUUUCUUCAUAUCAAAGACCUGGUUCCAGAGUUGGUAGCCAUUCUGGCCCGAACGUGGUUUCAGCUAUUCCAGCACCCUCAACACCUUCCACCCCCUCGACUCCAAGCAGGCGCUUUCUUCGCGCGACCGAGUCACGCCCUGACCUUCGUUAUGAUCAACAGCCCACCGCAAAUACUACAACCAACGCCCAGCUUCUGCGUGCAAAAAGGUCAAUGCCCGUCAUGCGAAACCUCAACUCACCGACCAAACCAUCGUCGUACGUCAGGCCUCCGUCUCGAACCGAGACGGGCAGUCGUCUCAACCUGUCAGUACGGCCGAGAACACCAACCGACCGCGUUGAAUCACGCAUGGGCGAGCUGAAGAAGGGAUCUAUCCCAUUUCUUCCUGCCGGUGCUCCAAGUGGCCAAUCUCACAACAUCAAUCUCAAGACCAAUACCUCCCGUCACUAUCGCGGCCAAGGGUCAGACGGGUCAUCGGGGGACAGCAUGUCAGCUGCACAGAGAUCGCUGUCGCGGCUGGCAGGGUUGGGGAGACCCGAAACACCCGGUCGUGGUCGUAGCACUCUGACACCAGCCGAACUAGCAGCCCAAGCCAAAAAGACCAUCACGAAGCCCACACGGCGACGAAAUUAUGGCGAUGGCACGGAGCUUGAGAUCUUUGACGAUCUUCCCACUUCUGCAACUCUCGAGUCCAAGUUCACCAAGCUCCCUAUUGGGCGUGGAGCACCUCGUAGUCUGCGGAGCAAACUGGGUCUUUCCCAUCUGAAUCCGUCCACCUCGUCACUGUCAAGCACUCGCCGUGGUAGCGACACGCCGGUUCCUGGCACACCUUUGACACCCCACAAGAGUGAUUUCCCCACUACAGCGUUGAACACCACCAAUGUUCCUCGAUUUGCUCGAGACACGGCUGCAUCUCGGAACGCUCGGGAGCAACGAACAAUCUCAAACACGUUCCAGAAUAUGCGAGGUGAACCCCUCCAACCAAUCUCUACCAAUUGGAAGUCUGCUGCUGCCGCUCGCGGUAAUCAACCAGGUCAUCUCCAAGGAAGCUUGCGGAAAAAGAAAAGUGACAAGGCUCAAUUGAAACCACAUCUCAUCAAACCGCUGGGAAAUGAUAUGAAUCGACCCAAGACGGAGAAAGGCAUGCAAUACAACCCCUUGCUUUAUAGAUGGGAAGGAAAUGAGAACGCGUUGGCUCCAUUUGACAUACCUGACUUCCAUCCUCGGGGCGGCAGUCCACCUGCGCCUGGACAAGGAAGCCCAGGAUCCAAAGGCAACCUGGCAUUGAUUUCCAACGUUGGAUCGAUCACAGGGGUGCAGGUGGUCGGUGGUAUGGUGUUUGACCCUUCGCAAAUGCGAUGGCUCAAAAUUGCAGAAAAGGGCGAAGGAAGCACGACUAAUAUCCGAGGUGGAAGUGUGCAGGUCGAGGAAGAGGAAGACGUGUUUGCAGGACUGGAAGAUCUGCAAGAAGAGGAUGAAACUCGAAGCCGUAGUGGAACGUUGCAGAAUGUGCUCAGCGCGCGACAGUCGCGCGACUCGUUUGGCGACGGAGACGGAGGGCACAGCAGUGGUGAUGAGUGGGGUGUGAGUGAAGAGUUCGACGUCGGCCCCGAGUUUGUGCGGCGACAACGUAAUGAAGAAGAACGGUGGAGGAGAAAGGUGGAAAAGUGGCUGAGGCGAGGUGCUGAAGCCGAGGACGACGAGGAUCCCCAUGGUAAUGGCGGCUGGCGUUGGGCGAUCCGUGACCUCGUCAUGGCUCAGAGCCAGCAGGCCGGCCACGAUGGAUUCUGAGCCAUCGGCGCAAGAGGCUUGAAAAGUACUCUAGAGCCUUAUUACUUGAAAAGAAGUUUUUCUUUUGUCCUCUUUCAGUAUUCC